GCGCAGACAGACAUGCGUCAGCGGUUGCUCGCUAGAAGCCUUUUGAAAACAAAAUGGCGGAGAUUUAUAGGUGUGCGGUGGGACCACAGUUAUAUCGGAUUUUUACGAAAAAUAGUCGACAAGUAAGUGUUGAGUCAUGUUGAGUGGACGCUUUUUUACCUUGAAAAUACUAUUUUACCUUUUGGUUUUCGUGAUUUGUUAGCUUAUAUUUACUGAAACAAAGCUAGCCAUCACCUGUCUUGCAGAUUUAGAUUCUGAAGUCGUGGGUUUUAAUUAGUUUCGUUUUUUAGCUUCGAAUAUUUCUUCUUCUUUGUGGUGUUUUAACUUUAUAUGGCUUGAACUAUUUUACAGAGUAGACCGUACGAGGGGAAUACCUUGGAGCAAUGUGGCUCAGGAGUUUUACGAGCGGUAAGCGAAUAAGAAGCCUACUUCAAGAUUUGAUUCUACUCCAUGGGCCAAGCUUGAGCUCUAAAGAAUACUUUGCCAAAUAGUUAUUUUCGCGCAAAACCGAACGUUGUGGGAUUUUUGACGACGACAAUUGCUUUGACUUUUACAGCAUAUCAGCUUAAGGUUGGGAAGGAGAUAAAUAUUUUGCAUGAGAGCUUGACAAUCUUAAAUCUCUGAGGAGUAGAGUAGUAUUUCUUUCUUUUUCUCGGAAAUUAGUUCUGACUGAUAUUUUGUUGUAUCCUCUCCAGGACAUUAAAGAGGUUAUGUAACAUUUUGUGAACUUCUCUUGUAGUUGUCAUUAGCAUGGUCAGUUUGUUACUCUACUUCCUUGUUAACUGCACCUGCCAUAGGAUUUUAUCUCGUUAGGAAAGGUCUGUAUCUCUUCUUGAAGUUUUUCUUACUAGUCAACAAACACAGUUAUUGAUAAGAUAUGAAUAUUUUAUACUGAGAUGGCUUCAUGUAGCUCUGCAAACAGCAGGGUGAAACAGAUCAUGUUUUCUUAUUGGUUAUGCAACCAACAUACCAAGGAGGUGAAAAUUAGUUAACUCUUGAACUUCCAGAGAGCUAAAACUUGUAACUUCUUCCAAUAAUAUCCAUUUAUUAUCCAGCAAUCAGGUAAUAAAAAUAAUAGGGGGUAAGUUUCUGAAGAAACUGUGGUGAUGUGUUUGUGGAAGAGUAUAACAAGGUAAACACUCCGACAAAGGGCUGUUGCUUGAAAUGUUAGCUUUAUAACUCUUUAUGGCGGCCAAUUUAUGUUAUCACCUCAGUUUAUAAUACCAAAUUAUCAGAAUACUGAAGCUUAUCAGUUAGAAGUUGUUAUCUACAUCUUACACCUAUUUCUUGUAACUGAAUUAAUUUGCAAGGAAGUGUGUAGCAGCCAGAGGGGAGAAUUAACAAUCAGAUCUUAGGAAUUUAAGGGUUAAGAAUGAUAAAGAACAUUUACUAGAAAGUUUGGGCUAAAUUCUCGCAAUUUCAUAAAUCAUGGUGUACUUACAGAAGUUAAAUAUUGGCUGCCAAUGGUUCUCUGGUACUGAUUACAUGAGACCUUCAACCACUUUCAACUGAGAUUUUGUUGAUAAGAUUUUUAUUGCUGCACUUGUGAUCACAUAAGUUUAUCCCAUUUUAAGUAUAACUGAAACCCCUAUAAGGUAGUUCCUUUAUGGCAGUGGAAUUUUAUCAUAAAACUUGGAAAGCAGUCCAAAAUAACAUUACACUUGUAAACUUAUCAUAUCAUUAUUAAUGAUGAUACAGAGAUUUUAAGUUUGCAAAUCUGUUUACAGUGAUCUUUUGACAAGGAAUUAAUUAUGUGAUGUUCUUCCUUUGAUAUAAGGUCUGUUGAGUCAUGCAGGUUUGGUAAGCUUGUCUAGGUUCAUUGGUACAGGACUUAUGGUUGUGUUUGGAGCAUUGUGCAUAAGAGGUACAGUAGCUUGUAGCCUGGAGAUGAUGAAAUUUAGUUGGGGAGUUGUACUUAGUCCAUUAAGUGAACUUACAGUACAACCCUUGUGCUGUGCUGUAGUAAAUUAACUCAGUGUUUCUAAUCAUCAUAUUGGUAAACAAUCUUUGUAUGUUAAUAAUAACUUUAUUGGUCUGAUUUGAUUCCCAAAAACUUGGAUUGCCUAUUAUCACAUAAAAAUUAUUAACAACUUAACACUGGGCAUAAUUUUCUCACUGACAGGCUCCUCUCACACCUUAACAGACUCCACUUUUGCAAAAAAACUUUGCACUGCCAGCAUUUAUGUUUCUAGUAUAUUAAUAGUAAUUCUUAUUUGGAAAUUUAAGAAUCAAAUGUUGAUUCUUAAAGAAUGAACAGUUAGUGUCAUAAUUUUUAUGCACAAAAAUUUAUUGAGGGCUGAUUUUUUUAUGUUAAUCUUCCUCAAACACUUCUCUUAAUUCAGUGCAUUUAAAAAAAUUCCGUAAUUUAUGUUUUGUUAUUUUAUCUGCAGGAUAUGGACGAUUUAAAAAUCAGGACUACAGAGUAUUCUUAGCUCUUUUAGAAGAAACAAGAAUGAAUAACAAUGAAGAAAACAAGGUGUGUUGAAGUCGACAGACAUAGUCUCGAUCAAUACAUAUUCGAUAACAGUUACUUGAAUGCUACCAAAAUAGGCUUUAUUCUUACUCUAGAUAGGUCCAAAUAUUUGGACUAUUAUAUGUCUGUCCAGCCUUCCAUUGAAUUACUGUCAGUAAAGGUGAAGGAAAGGGGGGGGGGGUGGGAAAGGGUAAUUUAGUCAGCUUAUCCUGAUUUCAAUGGCAUUAAGUGAGGGGAUACAUACAGUUUCUUUCCAGUGUUUUGUCACUGUUAGCCUUAUGCUUCUCUGGUACACAUUUACACUCCUUGGGGAGGAGUGGAAUUAUAAAAGAGUGUAGUGUCUUGCCCAAGAACACAACACAAUGACCCAACUUGUGCUUGAACCUGGAACUUUUGAUCCAGAGUCCAGCAACCCAACCUGAGGCUUACUAUGUCUCUCCAUGUAUGACUGACAUUCAUGUUAAUUUGCAAUUGAAUGUUACAGAAAAGACUUGGGUUGUAUGACUUCAGUUUUGAAGCUUGGCCUGUUGAUUACAAAUGGAAUGAAUCCAAAGCUAAGUGAGUCAUUCAAGCUGAAUUUUUCUCUCUCUUGAAGAUGACAAAUGACAUCCAUGUUAUUAAUUACUGUAUUUACACAAUUGAACAUACAUUUAUUUACACAUAUAUCCUUAAUUAAGGAAGUAAUAGAUAAUAUUGAAGACAUUGCAUCAUGAAAUCACAUCAUGCAGCAUAUUUAGAAGUGAAUCAUUGCUGCAUGUGUGUGGUUUUAUAGUGUUAUUCACAACUACAUUAAUAUUUUAUAGCAAAAGAGAAGUUUUUAUUAAAAACAGUUCUCCAAAGCCAUUUUUCUUGAGCUUGGUAAAACUUAUCAUUUAUUUUGCAUGUUUUUAUUUUUUAUUACUGGUUGUAUCUGUAUAAUCAUGUAUUUAUUGCUGUCCUUGGAAUAUUAUUUUUGAUUACUAGUCAAGAUGUGCACAGGGAAGCCAAGAACGCCCCUUCUCAAAGCAGGUCUUCAGAAUUUUUAUCCUUCCUUAGAUUGUGGCCUUGUGACUUUCUCAAGUAAUAAUCAUUUGCACUUUCUUAAUCUAAUUUGUAGAUUCUUAGCAGCAUCCGGAAGAAUGAUAGGUAAGAUCCAACUCAAAUAAAGUUAUCCUUCAUUGGAAAAAUCUUACAGUGAUGCCUGACCCAGUUCUCACAUAGUAUUAAGUAUUUGGUGUACUAUCUGGAUCUGCAAAAGAGGUAGCAGGAAAUUAACAGGUUAAGGAAGGGGAAAGUGGCUUCAUGUUUUGCAACUUUUACUGAGGAUUGUUUUGGAUUCCCAGGCCCUUACGGGAUUUUAAACCAUGACCUCCGUGAUACCGGUGCAGCGCUCCACCAAUUGACUCUGCCAACUCUACCAACUCAUAUAUUGACGUAUAUGAUUUUGGCAACUGGCUCACAUGUGAUUUUACCAACUGGCUCGUUAGCUCAGUUGGUAGAGCUCUGCACCGGUAUCGCAGAGGGGUUCAAAUCCCGUAUAGGCCAAAUUUUUUUAGGCCUUAUUUUCACUACUGCUUUAGUGGUGUUGAUAUCUGCAAGGAUCGUUUUCAUAUUCGUUUUCUUCGACUGCAGUUCACAUAUAUGAUUUACAUAUAUGAUUUUCAUAUAUUUACAGUCAUUUAUUCAGCACUUGGAGGGUUUAUUUGGAACCAACAUAAUGACUUGUUCCCAGUUGGCUUGUUAGCUUAGUUGGUAGAGCGCUGCACCGGUAUCGCAGAGGUCAUGGGUUCAAAUCCCGUACGGGCCUGGUUUUUUUAGGCCCUAUUUUCACUACUAAAGUAAAAAGGCCUUUUAUUUCACCAGGGACUGAUUAGGGUAUGACUUUCGUUCGUCUUUAUUUGGCUGACGCUGCCAUUCACCGUAAAUUGCAUAACAAAGCGCGCGGUUAGUGUUCAUAAUGUGAUGCAUUCUGAGUUUAAAACGGUGGUGAUUCUUUUCGUUCCUGUCAGGUUGAACAUCGUUUCUCGGCGUCGUACUCCUCAGGACAGAGUUUACUGACAAAGAUAAACAAACUGUGGACGAUAUGGAAGAAGUAUUAAAGUGCUCGGAUACUGCGAAGACCAAAGCACAGAAUGCAUUGCACACAGCUGAACUGGCCUUUAAUAUCUCUGAACAAGCGAAAGAGGUAAGUAUCUUACGAAUUGUAAGUUUCUUAUAGUAAACUGUCACCAUCUUUGAUCUAUAAGCUGUUCCCUAAUCAUCUUUUAUCACUUAUCCACUCACUGGGGCGAUUCUAUGCGAUUCGGUCCAAAUUACUGGAUACGUGUACAGAGCAGAAAGCUUUUGUACUCUGAGCCAAAUUUUUGUUAUACGCCUGUUAGGAAAUGUAAGGAAAAUGGGAAAUUCGAAUGUGAAGAGGAGCCCUUUAAAUUGAUGAAUGACAAGAAAUGAUUGAUUUUAGUAAUGAUUUUGUACUCGUUCUAAAUUUUUUCGUGAAGAAUGUCACUAGAUGGAGGCGCUGUUGAGAGAAAACGCGGCGCGUAAGGUAUAAGAUGCACAUAUGUCAUGGGGCCAGUUGUUAUAAUGGGGGCAUUGAUCGUUCGUUUUCGUAAAAAAGAGAAAAGAAGAGGCUACGUCUUGCGUAGCAGGCGGUUUAGCGUGCGCUUAAGCUACAAGGAGCGAAGCCGCGUCAGGCUUGGUAUCGAAGAUAUGUUUUAAUCGCAGCUUGACGCGCAUCACUUAGUGCGUAUAGUGCGCACAAAACCGUCAGCUGCGCAGGCUGGUAAGAAGCUUUCCUGAUCAGACGAGUGGGUCUAGAGACAUGAGUUGAGGAUGAGCGCGUCGCUUCAAAUCACCAAGCGCAGCAUACUCAAACGUGGUCUUAAGAAGUACCCUCGCAGUUUUGUACUGGUACACACCCGGCAUGGAAGAAGUUCUUGUAAGGCUCAUGUUAGAGCUUGAGCUUGAAUAGAUAAACUAGAACGGUUAUCGGCUGUGUGUUUAUCAGGAUAGAAAUGGAUAUGCAACAAGCCUAUGAAUACUUUUAUUUAAAUUCUCGUGAACGGCCUCAAGCGUGGGAAAACACGGGUAAUCAGGGAAGCGAUUCGUUUUCGUUUGCCAUCUGGUUGGUUGAGAAAUUGGCGCAUGUUUCAUAAACCAGUCAUCGAGCGUAAAAAAGCAUAACCAAUUCAAUUUCAAAUUACUUUUGUAUUAUUUGAGAAUCGAAUUUGAAAAGUGCCUGAAGCAGUUGUAGAGCAACCUCCAUCAAGCACAGCCUUGACUACGCGGGGGUUUUGACCCACGCUCCGAGUGAGACGUCCGGUUGCAACGCGGGCUUUUUACACUACGCUCGGCAAAUCCAAAUUUUUCCUAUAAGGUUUCCAUUUAGUCAUGAUCUUCAUUAUUCACUAUGAUUUGAGUUUAUUUGUUCACUCUUUGGUAGAUCUUCGACAACAACACGGCAUCUUUGCCACCAGUCGCGUCCUUGAUUAACUCAUCCUAUGAAGCGGCUAGCGGAAACUUCUAAGAAGUACAACAAGCUCAUCAGAAUUCGGAAAAACUACUUACGGACGUGACAGAGGCUGAAGGUAUGUAUAUUAGAAGAUAAUUUCAGUUGUAUGGCGCAUUUGAUUGUUGCUACAACUUGGCUUUUCAGUGCGCACUGAACCGACCGAAAAGUGAAAUGUGGGAGACAAAGAACCGUCUGAGUUCUUUGUGACGAUUCGUCGUUUCCCCCUGCAGUUCUUAUUUCGCAGUUGAAUCUUUACCACCUGAGUAUUAAAGAACUCGUCGGUAAUCUUUGCCAUAUAUUUGGGUCACACAUGACAAGCAUUUUGCAUACUACUGGCAUCACGGUCGUUUGAAGUGUUCAGUGGCUAGAUAGAGUUAGGGAGACUUUUCUUGUAGUUCGGUCGUCAAGUAAUUUUUUGGGUUGCGUGCGACUGGAACAGAACAAUCCGUUUGAUUCUUGAGGAUUUUUCAAUAUCCUACACAAUCAUUUAAGUUUUAGACACAAUCCUUUUUGCGUCUGUAGCUCAACAUAUUUUAAUUUCUUUCAGAAUUGCAUACCCAGUGCAUCGCACAGAGAGACGAACUUGAAAGACUGGGUCUAGAACUCUAAGAACUUUGAUGGAGAGGCAAAUGAAUUACUAGGACUAUUUAGUGUGGCUGCUGAGCAGUAUUCACAGUGUGCGGGCGCAUAACGAACUCUGGUCUGGACAACAGACGUUAGUCUUAAUUUUCGUAUAUAUUUGUAUAUCGAUAUUACUUUGUUUUACUUACAAAGACAGUCAACAGGUUUUUAUCAAGAGAGCAAGUAUACGGUUAGUAUACAUGCUGUACGGUUAGGUCGUGCCACUUUUAGCGGUUGUACUGCAUUGUAAAUGAUAUUUAGUGUUUAGAGAACCGCUUGAAAAUCUGUCGUGGCUGGCAGAUUCUGAUAUGUUAAAGGAGUUACGUCACGACUUUUUGAGACUUUUUUUAGGGGAGGAGAGGGAUCGUCAUAAAUGUUUGUUAGGGAAAAGAAACCAGUAGAUUAUAGUUCAGGGAAGCUAAAUACCAACCAGAUAAACUGAAACCAAAAAUAGGAAAGAGAACGAUUAUGGAUGUAGACGAUUUUAUGUGUACGGAUGAACAGCAGCCCUCACCUGAUAAAAAUUGAAUUUUAUCGCACGAUAAGUUAACUGGAGAUAUAACGGUAAUUGAUACAUUUUUUAAGCUCAACAAAUGCCUGAAACAUGGAUAUGUGGACAUAAACAUUUAAACUUUUAAUUUGCAUGUUAAUAAGUCUUCCAGGACCUCAGCAAAUGUCAGCUUAUGAUUAGUAAUGAUUUAAACUCUAAGUAUUACUAAAUUGAUAUUUUUAACGGUCAGAAGUGUAGAGAAUAAGUUGGAAAUACUUUAGGUUUUAAAACGAUUAGCUACUUGUAAAUUUGCUGAUCAGCCAGAAGGAAACUUUUUUGAGAGUUGUUUUAUGGUAGGAACAUCGACUUGCGUAGCCUUGUUAUUCAAGACCUUAAAACUCCAUUAAAGCAAAAAUUACCCGUAUUGAAAUGCUUGAAGAAUGCCUCUCUCAGGAUGCCGAGGCUAUAAGGAGUUAAAUGUUGCAUUUCAUUUCUCUAUUUUUACUUGAGACAAAUUUGCGCGUUUUUAGCUGCUCUACUACGGGUGAUCGUAAGAGGACAAGUGCACUGUUCACUGGAAUUCACUUGGUGUUGCGAAUGGAGAGAUUUUAUGGUUGCCAUAAGCUAGAAAUGAGGCGACGCCUUUUGUUUCCGCAAACUAUGAGGAAUAGUUUCACUCAAGAGUGCUAUAGCUGAAAGUGCAAAUAUGUUUCGACCGGAAAAAGUGAACAGAAAUUCUGUGUAACCCACGCAAAGUCGUUCCUAUGGCCUUUUAAAACAAUAACAACGAUUUUUAAGGAGAGAGAAGUAUCGAGCGUUACAUUUUUUAUUUCAUAAUUAAUUGAUUUUCUUUGGAGUAAAUCUUUAGUAUUAAUAAAUGUCAUUGAAACGUUUUCGCCCUGAUUAAUAUAGCUAGUUAGGUAGUAAAUGUAUAUCGGAUAAGAGUGUGUUGUACAGUAUUUACUUAUAAGAUGGAUGAUAGUUGG